AUCUUCUUUCCGCAUUUCCUUUUUUUAUUUUCCUCAUCUUAUAUUCAUAUCUCUUGAAUAAAUAUGUCUCUCCGACUUGGUGAUAUUGCCCCCGACUUUGAGGCGGAUACUACGCACGGCCGCAUCAAAUUCCACGACUGGCUCGACGGCUCGUGGGCCAUCCUCUUCUCCCACCCUGACGACUUCACCCCCGUCUGCACCACGGAGCUUUCAGCCGUUGCUCUCUCUUACGCCGAUUUCGCCUCGCGGGGUGUCAAGCUCAUCGGUCUUUCCGCGAACAAUAUUGCCUCGCACGAAGGGUGGAUCAAGGAUAUCAAUGCGUUGAAGCCUGAUGCCCCUGCGUUGGAGUUUCCGAUUAUAGGGGACGAGGACAGGACAGUGUCAGAGUUGUAUGGGAUGCUGGAUAAGCUUGAUAAGACGAAUGUGGAUAAGAAGGGGAUACCGUUUACGGUCAGGACUGUUUUCGUCAUCGACCCAAAGAAACAGAUCCGCCUCACCCUCGCUUAUCCCGCGUCUACAGGCCGCAACUUUCCCGAACUCUUGCGUGUCAUUGACUCUCUCCAGCUGGGCGACAAGCACCGUAUCACCACGCCUGCCAACUGGGGGAUUCCCGAUCCCAAGACCGGGCAGGUCGAGGAGAGGGUUAUCGUCCACCCGUCUGUACAGGGCGAGGAGGUGAAGCAGUUGUUUGGAGAUGAUGUUGAGACUGUUUAUCCUUACCUCCGCUUUACAUCCAACCCUUCCAAGAAGGAGGUCACGGCUUAAACACCACGGUUGUUGCUACUGUACAAGUUGUAAGAGGAGAAAAGACGAAAAGAGGGAUUCCCGUGGUCGAUUCCCGGUUGUCAAAAGAAAUGAAUCGUGUUUACAGUUUCCGUC